CGUGGCUCUUCAGAGGCGGCAAAUUGCAAGGAGACGCCGCCGCCUUCAUGCUGCCGGCGGACUGCUCGCGCCGGCUGGUGACCGAGCUGCAGGGCGCCCUGGACGCCUGCGCACAGCGACAAUUGCAAUUGGAGCAGAGCCUGCGCGUUUGCCGUCGGCUGCUGCGUGCCUGGGAACCAACUGGGACCCGGGCUUUGAAGCCACCUCCAGGGCCAGAAACUAAUGAAGAGGACCCCCUUCCAGCAUGCACACCCAGUCCACAAGACCUUAAAGAGUUGGAGUUUCUGACCCAGGCACUGGAGAAGGCUGUACGAGUUCGAAGAGGCAUCACUAAGGCUGGAGAAAGAGACAAGGCCCCCAGCCUGAAAUCUAGGUCCAUUGUCACCUCUUCUGGCACGACAGCCUCCGCCCCACCCCAGUCCCCAGGCCAAGCUGGUGGCCAUGCUUCAGACACGAGACCCACCAAGGGCCUCCGCCAGACCACGGUGCCUGCCAAGGGCCACCCUGAGCGCCGGCUGCUGUCAGUGGGGGAUAGGACCCGUGUUGGGAUGGGAGCCCGAGCCCCCAGGCCUGGGGCGGGCCUCAGGGACCAGCAAAUGGCCCCAUCCGCUGCUCCUCAGGCCCCAGAAGCCUUCACACUCAAGGAGAAGGGGCACCUGCUGCGGCUGCCUGCGGCAUUCAGGAAAGCAGCUUCCCAGAACUCGAGCCUGUGGGCCCAGCUCAGUUCCACACAGACCAGUGAUUCCAUGGAUGCCGCCGCUGCCAAAACCCAGUUCCUCCAGAACAUGCAGAGAGCUUCAGGCGGGCCCCAGCCCAGGCUCAGUGCUGUGGAGGUGGAGGCGGAGGCGGGGCGCCUGCGGAAGGCCUGCUCGCUGCUGAGACUGCGCAUGAGGGAGGAGCUCUCGGCAGCCCCCAUGGACUGGAUGCAGGAGUACCGCUGCCUGCUCACGCUGGAGGGGCUGCAGGCCAUGGUGGGCCAGUGUCUGCACAGGCUGCAGGAACUGCGUGCAGCGGUGGCGGAACAGCCACCAAGACCGUGUCCUGUGGGGAGGCCCCCCGGAGCCUCACCGUUCUGUGGGGGUAGAGCGGAGCCUGCAUGGAGCCCCCAGCUGCUUGUCUACUCCAGCACCCAGGAGCUGCAGACCCUGGCGGCCCUCAAGCUGCGAGUGGCUGUGCUGGACCAGCAGAUCCACUUGGAAAAGGUGCUUCUGGAAGAGGAGGUGGGGGUGCAACAGAGGUCCGCAGCCUUGAGGACCCGAGGGUCCUGAUGGCUGAACUCCUCCCCCUGGUAAGCGCCACACAGCCGCGGGGGCCGCCCUGGCUGGCCCUGUGCCGGGCUGUGCACAGCCUGCUCUGCGAGGGAGGAGCACGUGUCCUUACCAUCCUGCGGGACGAACCUGCAGUCUGAGCCUUUCCCAUGCUGCCCUCGACCCUGUUCAGAUGGGGAUUGGGGGUGUCUUCCCUGGCACUGUGCUCGGGGACCCAGAGAUGCCUGUGCUUCCCUGGGAAACCUGGUGAACUGGACCAGGUGGCCUCACUGGCUCUUCUCAGGACAACUAAGCCUGCUGGUCAGGGCUGGCUUUCAGCCUUCCCAAGGCUCCUGGACUCCAGAGGCCAGCGGGGAGCCUUUCCUGGCUCCCUCUGUUUUCUCUCACUGUAGACCAAAGAGCUGCUUGUGUGAUAUUAAAGCCACUUUAGAAAGCA